AUGACUUCUCAAGGAUUAGCCUUACUCGCCGCUACUUAUAGUGACUCGGAGGGUGAGGAAAGCAUAGUAGAUGAACCGACACAAACGGUUCUUGUGAGGCCCAUGACAAACAUUGAAAAUAGUAAGUCCGCCUCGGCAACAUCGUCGUCAUCAUCAUCUACACAUUGGCUAGUUUCAUCUGUUGACGAUAUAAUAAUGUCAGAUGAGGAACUUCCGUCACCCACAGCAGAGGACCAAUAUGACAUGCGUUUCCUAUCGAUGGAGACAGAUACGGCGGUUAUGUCGCGCUCUGAUCCUGAUGAAUUACAAAAUGGCGUCACCAUUCCACCCGAGCCUACAGGGAAAUGUUCUGAGGAACUACAGGAAAGAAUUGCAAAAUAUUAUGAUCAAAUGUUAAACGACGGUUUGGAUAUGAACAAGGUCAUACAAAAUAAUAAGAGUUUCAGGAACCCUAAUCUCUAUGACAAGCUCGUUGAGUAUUGUAACAUAAACGAGUCGGACACAAAUUAUCCUCCUGAAAUAUAUGAUCCUUUGAAAUGGGGCAAAGAGUCAUAUUAUGAUGAGUUAUCCCGUGUCCAGGAACUUGAAAUGACUAGAAGAGAAAACGAAAAUUUCUUAAAAAAUUCUAAACUUUACGUUUUCCCCGGUGCUGUAAAAAAACCAGAAAGUGCUAAGUGUUCUCAAAAGAGGAGUUCGAGAAGGGACCAGAGAACAUCCAAUGUGGCACCAAAGCCAAACAAAAAGCAACCACGAUUGGAACAACGACCUAUCACCACCAACGUCAAUGGUGCCAAGAGCACAGUUGCAUUUGGUUCUUUACCGAAGAAACCAAAAUUGACUCGAAAACAUGAAUUUCGAUAA